CAAAUAUGGCGUCCCAAAAGUGAAAAGUGAAAUUCAAAUACACUGAGAAAACUAUGUAACUAUGAAAAAGAGUAAAUGUCUUUGCAGGUAGUCUCUUGCAACGAUGAGUGGUAGUCGCGGUACAACACGAGUUAGUUUUGUGUGUCAAAGAUGCUCUCAACCAUUACGUCUUGACCAAAGCUCAUUUAGUUCCAUCGACGAUGAAACGCUCUCGGAGCUAACACUCCCUUUGCCUAGUUUACCAGUUGUACCUACUGAUAAGUCAACUGGCAAGGAGACAGAUUCUAAAAAUGAGGUUCAUAUAUCUGAGGUGAAUGACAAUGUCGUUAGGAGGACAAUUACGUCUAAAAGGUCUGUUGAUGGUAAUGGUUUCACACUGAUUGAUGCUCAAAAUGUGCGAUCAGAUAACCUUAGCCAUCGACUUAAGGUGACAAGUCAACUAUUUGAUAUAAUGUCAGCACAAUCAAACAUCGAUCAUCCAUUGUGUGAGGAAUGUACGGACACUCUACUAGAUCUGCUAGACCAUCAACUAAAAGUCACUACAGAUGAACUCAAUGAUUAUAGCAAAGAAUUUUUGGAUAAAGUAGAUAGCAAUAAGGAAGAAGACACAGAGUCAUUGACAAAAGAUUUAGAGAAUUUGAAAUUGGAAGAAUCUCAACUGAUACAGGAAUUGGAAAAUAUUGAGAUUGAACGGUCGAAGGUGAAGCAGUCAAUUGCUAAACAAAAAGAAGAAGCAGAAAGAUUAGACAAGGAAGAAGAGAGAUAUUGGAUACAGUAUAACGAGCAUCACAAGCAACUCUUGGAUUUUCAGGAGGAACAACAAAGUGUUGAUAAUCAGCUUCAUAAUGCACAGAUGCAAUUAGAUAAACUCAAAAAAACGAACGUCUUCAACAGUACCUUCAAUAUUUGGUACAAAGGACAUUUUGGCACAAUCAAUAAUUUCCGACUUGGGCGACUUCCUAGCGUACCAGUUGAAUGGACUGAAAUAAAUGCCGCUUGGGGACAGACUGUUCUUCUGCUGCAUGCAUUAGCAAGGAAAAUGAAUCUCAAGUUUAAAAAAUAUCGUCUGGUACCUUUUGGAAAUCAUUCAUACCUGGAAAGUCUUGAUGAUAAAUCUAAAGAAUUACCUUUAUAUGCAUCUGGUGGUUUCCGUUUCUUUUGGGAUACAAAGUUUGAUCAUGGCAUGGUGGCAUUUCUUGACUGUCUUCAGCAAUUCAAAGAGGAAGUUGAAAAAGUUGACAAACGUUUCUGUUUGCCAUACAGAAUGGAUGAUGGAAAAAUUUUUGACUCGAGUGGAACUGGUGGAUCAUACUCCAUUAAAAUCCAGUUCAACUCUGAAGAGCACUGGACUAAAGCUUUGAAAUUUAUGCUCACCAAUCUCAAAUGGGGCUUGGCCUGGUUGAACGCGCAAUUUUCCGAGAAAUAGUUCGGGUUGUUAUCACGAAUGCGUGUGGUUGAAUUAAUACGGUGCAGAAUAUGUACAGUGCAUAUAUAUAUACGUGUAAUUGGAGGAACAUGUAUAGAAAUUAUCCAUAUAUAAUAUAUAUCAGAACACUGUUGUGAUUAAGCAGCGAUUAAACACGGGGAAAACUAGACCCGGCCGGGGUUUAAUUAUCUCAAUAUUCAUUCGUGAUUUGAUGAACAAAAGAUACAUUUAUUUUCGUUUUCCAAAUCGUUGAUUGUUAAAGUGAAGUAUCAACAAACAUUCCUAGUGAUCCAUAGUUGUACCCACGUAUCCACAACUGUUAAUCGGAAUCGCUCUCUCUGGUAUCAUCGUAGUCCGGCCAUUCGCUCCAUGCUGACUCUGAUGCUGGUAAUCUAAAAUGGAUAUUUAGAUGAUUAUGUACAUCGACUCCUUGUUCAUUGCACUGACGUGUGGUUUGAAAAUAUGUGCCAUGUUUGUGUUUAUCACUUCUCCUACCCUUUCAUCGGUAUGCUUUCCUCAUAGUAACUUCCAGCUGUAUUGAUUAACUGUUGAUUAUCAGGAGGAAUAGUGUCAUCGUUUGGUGGAUUUUCUGCGGUGUAUUCUGCCUCUCUUGUCAUAGCUCUUCUUCUCACGCGCCUGUUAAAGUUUCAGACUUUCAGUAUGCAACAGUUUUACACGUUCUGGUAGCAUGCAUGUAUUUUGAUGUACUAUAAAAUGGCGGGUAAAAACGGUUGUUCUUUCAAUAAAACACCUAAAAUUCGCUUCG